AAUUAUGCAAAACCCACAAGCAAAACUAAAAAUAAAAGAAAAGAAAAAGGAGAGCUUGUGAUAUAUUCUUCAUCUUCUUCGCAUUGGUGUCCCCUUUAGCUCAGAAUCAGAUCCGCUUCCUUCGUCGAGGUCUCUUCCGGAUCACCAGAGAAAGAAAGCUCUCUUUCAUUCUUACUAUUCAGCUUCCGGUUUUCAAGAAAUCACCCAAAUGGACGGAGGAGGUGACGUGGCAACGCCUGUACAAAAGCGAGCACACGAGGCGUGGAGGCUUUACAAAUACUAUCUCGACAAGACGACACCUCACUCAACCUACAGGUGGAUCGGCACGCUCGUCGUCUUCCUCAUCUACUGCUUGAGGGUUUUCUCAAUUCACGGAUUCUACAUCAUCUCAUACGGCCUCGGCAUCUACCUCCUCAACCUCCUCAUCGGCUUCUUGUCCCCUCUCGUUGACCCUGAGCUCGAUGCCUCUGAUGGUGGUGCUUCUCUCCCCACUCGUGGCUCUGAUGAGUUCAAGCCCUUUAUCCGCCGACUCCCUGAGUUCAAAUUCUGGUACUCCAUGACUAAGGCCUUCUGCAUUGCCUUUCUGAUGACGUUCUUCUCGGUCUUUGAUGUUCCUGUCUUCUGGCCGAUACUGCUUUGCUACUGGGUCGUUCUCUUUGUCCUCACCAUGAGACGCCAGAUCUCUCACAUGAUCAAGCACAAGUACAUUCCUUUCAGCAUCGGCAAACAGAAAUAUAGCGGGAGGAGAUCUGGUGCUGGUAGUGGCGGCUCUCGUGCUGAUUGAUUGAUCCAGAAGAAGGGGAAAAUGGGAGAUGGGGUUUAAACCAUUUUGGAGUGUUUUGUAGUGAUGAAUUUUUUAAAAUCAAAUUCUUAUUAGCUACCUAUUGGGCAACAAGAAAGAAGGAAACAAAAGGGUGUGAUUAGUUUAAUCUGUUAUAUGUUGCAGGAAAAAUGUUCUUUGUUAGUUCCCCUUUUAAUCCUAAGCACUUUCUGUAAAUAUGGUUUUUACUUCUGUUUCGAAACAAAUUCAUUCCUUUGUUU